AGAUGCUGGGAGGGAAAGAGGGAGACGGGGGAGGGAGCUCUCCAUACUUCCCUCGCCAGGUAGAGACUGCUGAAAUUCUCUUCCCCAGAGCAAGUGAGCUGAGUACAGAUAUGUGAUGAGCAGAUAACUUCGGUCUAACCACUUUCGACUGUCUUUUAAGAAUGAGUUUCUGUUGCACUUUGAAUUUUACAAGAUCCUCGAGUAGGCGAAGGAGGGGCAGCUUUCUAGUCGCUCACUCCAAUCCGGUCUCACCAGGGCCUUUUCACUACUUGAAUGAGAGUACGAGUAUUACUGGGGGGCCUCGGGUGGCGGAUGGAGGGGAGGAGGAGGUGCGCUGAUAAGAUCGAGAGGCAGUUAGUUAACGGUCAAAACUGCCCGUGGCCCAUAGAGAGCCCCUUCCAAGAAGUGUUUCUCGGGUUCAGUCAGAGAGAGAGAGAGACUCGGGGUGGUUUGAGGAGGUGUGAAAGAGAGGCAGGGGAAUGGCCACUCUGGCCGGGAGAUCCCCGUUUUCUCCCCCUCUUCCCCAGGGAGCCCAGGCACUCACCUGACUGGUGACGAACCCCUCUCUAAUGUUCCGUCAAUCGAUUGUAUUUAUUGAGUGCUCAUCAUGUUCAGAGCACUGUACUACGUGGUCGGGAGAGUACGGAACAACAGAGCUGGGGCACGCAUUCCCUCUCCACGGCAAGCUGUUCCUCAACGUCUUUGUUUAUCCCCAUUUAGGGGUUCCGGCACACGGGGGCAGGCCUGGGGGAGCUGACUGUCCUCUAAGGCAGGGGACUGUAUCCGGUGACCUGCCAAGAUCCCUUCCCGAUCUCGGAUUCCAGGAGGAGCACCCAUGAAGUCUGUGAAAGCUGUGUCCUUUCUCUGGAUCAUCUUCCAGGUGUGCCUGUGUGACGACGGGGUCACCGGGGUCACCGGGGUCACCGACGACUACAGCAACGAAGACAACAGCACGGUGGACUACUCCCAGUUCGAGGUCCUGUGCACCAAAGGAGACGUCCGCAGUUUCAAGGCCGUGUUCCUGCCGGCCGUGUACUCGGCCAUCUGCGUCGUGGGGCUGCUGGGGAACGGGCUGGUGGUGCUGACCUACCUGUACUUCAGGCGGCUCAAGACCAUGACGGACGUGUACCUGCUGAACCUGGCCCUGGCCGACGUGUUCUUCCUCCUGACCCUGCCCUUCUGGGCGGUGAGCGCGGCCCGGGCCUGGAUCUUCGGGGCCUUCCUGUGCAAGGCCGUCUACUGCAUCUACCGCAUGAGCUUCUUCAGCGGCAUGCUCCUGCUGCUGUGCAUCAGCAUCGACCGCUACUUCGCCAUCGUGCAGGCCGUGCAGGCCCACCGGCACCGGCACCGCGUGGUCCGCGCCAGCAAGCUCUCCUGUGCCCUGGUCUGGGCCCUGGCCUUCGCGCUGUCCACCCCGGAGCUGGUCUACAGCCACACCCGGGAGAGCGACGGGGCCGUCCGCUGUUUCCUCGUCACCGACAACGUCCAGCGGUUCAACACGGGCGUCCAGGUGUCCCAGAUGGUGGUGGGCUUCCUCGUGCCCUUCCUGGUCAUGUUCUCCUGCUACCUGGUCAUCAUCCGCACCCUUUUGCAGGCGCGCAACUUCGAGCGCAACCGGGCCAUCAAGGUCAUCAUCGCCGUGGUGGUGGUCUUCGUGGUCUUCCAGUUGCCGUACAACGGGGUGGUCCUGGCCCGGACCAUCUCGGCCUUCAACACCACGGCCAGCCAGUGCGAGAAGAGCAAGCGUCUGGACGUCGCCACCGACGUCACCUACAGCUUGGCCUGCCUGCGCUGCUGCCUCAACCCCUUCCUCUACGCCUUCAUCGGCGUCAAGUUCCGCAGCGACCUGGUCCGGCUCCUCAAGGACUUCGGCUGCCUCAGCCAGGACAGACUCCUGCAGUGGUCCACCUGCCGGCUGGGCCAGCGAUCCUCGGUGGGAGUAGAGACCGAGACCACCACCACGUUCUCCCCCUAGGGCCAGGCCGGGGUUCCCCGUGGGCGUGGACAUUGAGACCGCCAUCACGUUCUCCCCGAGGAGCCGGGCUGGGGUUCUCCGUGACCCUGGAGAUCUCCGCAGGUGUGAACGCCGAGACCGCCGCCGCCAUGUUCUCCCCCUGGGGCCAGGUCGGGGUUCUACCUAAGCGUGGGAACCGAGACCACCACAUUCUCCCACUUUGGGAGCCGGGCCAGGAUUUUCCUGGGUGUGUGGAUACCGGGACUCCCGCCGCGUUCUCCUCAAGGGUCCGGGACAGGGUUUUCCGUGGGCACGGACCCCGGCACCGCAUUCUCCCCCUGGAGCCAGGGCGAGAGUGGACGUAGAUUCCGAGACUACCCCCUUAGUGAACCAGAGCCACAGAACUUGGGGCAGGGAUGGGGACUUUCUUCCUGAUUAACUACGGGAGGAGAGAACCCCACAGAGAAACCAGUUGGAGAAAACGGCCCUCCUCGGAAACCUGGAUGAGAGAGGACUUUCCAGAGAAACCAGGUGAGAGAGAGGAUUCCCACCGUGUGACCUAGAGAGAAGGACUCCACAGAGGAGAUCCAGGGGAGAAAGAAGGAUAUUGCAGAGUGAGUGGGGGGGAGAGAAAGAGCCUACAGUGGCAACCCGGGGAGAGGAGGGCCACCAGGAAGGGUCGGGGGAGAGAGAAGGACCCUGGUAUCGGGGUAUCGGAAGGUAUCAGGGAGAGGUGGGUGACUGCUCUUCCUGCUGACAAGUAUUGGGGCAGAAGACCUGGAAGAGUAGGUUGGAACCACGGAUUCAGACUCAAGCUUCCUCCUCCCCGUCCAGCCGACCCGCCCGUGAUUCCCGGUGCCUUCCCGCGGUCCCUUGUCCCAGCCCCGAGGAGUGGGCGGUGCGCUGGCCAGCUGCCUGUUGGGACCGCCGAUUUGGGGCUGCCAGACCCCUUGCCCUGGAAAUGUAGAUUUUCUGAUGAUGAUCUGUUUUCUGCUGCUGCGUCCACACUGCAAUAAAAUCAACAACACUUCAUAAUA